AUGGGUGCUGUCCCAACGUGCGUGAUCAUUGAUCAAGACCCGGCUAUGCAGAUUGCUAUUGCUCAGGUUCUGUCAGAUUACCGCCGUCGUUUCUGUAUGUGGCACAUUAUGACAAAGGUAAACGAGAAAAUUGGGCCCGACAUGGUAAAAGACGUAGGUUUCCGCAAUAAGCUGAACGGUAUUGUUUGGAAUGAAACCAUCAGUGUAGGCAAGUUCGAAGAGCAAUGGCAUUCGUUAAUGGAAAAGUACCAUCUAGCAACCCACCGCUGGUUCACCAAGCUGUAUAUUGAAAGGGAGUUCUGGGUCCCUGCAUAUUUUAUAGAUCUGCCCAUGAGUGGGUUAUUGCGCACUACAUCCCGAUCUGAAGCAGAGAACAAUGUUUACGGGAAGUGUUGUCGGCCCCACCUCAGCCUGGUGGAGUUCUAUGUGCAGUUCGAGAGUGUACUGGAGACUCAACGUUACAACCAAUCUAAGUUAAACGCCGAGAGCGAGGGGUACUUGCCCGAUUUCAAGACCCCCUUAGCACUAGAAUCGUAUUUGGCACAGAUUUUCAAGAUAACAAUUUUUUAUGAGCUACAACAAGAAAUUGAAGCUGGGUGUUUCUAUUGUCGAGUGGUGGGUAUCCGUGAGGAGGGGGAGGUCAUUACUUACAACAUAAGAGGAGAGCGCACGGCUACCUACACCGUGCAAUAUACCCCGGUAGGGAAUCAUGCAUCCUGUAGCUGCAAGCUAUUCGAGCGGUUGGGGUUAGUUUGCCGGCACAUGUUCUUGGUGUUCAAAGAUGCACAUGUUAAAAGCUUGUCGUUGGACUACGUCCUUCCACGUUGGUGUAAGCAGGUGGGAGGUGGUGUAUGUUGUGAUGUUCCUUCUACGGACUGUGGACCUAACCGGAUGUGGAAUGCAAUGCACCAAUGCGCUUCCUUGGUAGGCACCAACACGGAUCGGCAGUCGCGAAUGCUGCAAGUAUUAGAAGAUUUGAAAGAGGAAUUUAUGAGUGCUGGUUCAAACGUUGCCCCUACAAAAGGUAACAAUGCUGCCAUCGUGGCUUUAUGUGGGGUUGCACCUCCGGCAUCCAUCACCAUCCUGCCCCCAGUUCAAGCUAAAAACAAAGGGACCGACAGGCGUAUUAAAAGCCAACGGGAGUUAGCUGUUUUGAGCAGUGGUAAAAUAGGGCAUAAAUGCGGUGUGUGCGGCGAGUACGCCCGUUAUAAUGCUCGUAGUUGUCCGUAUAAGUGA